AUGGGGGUGGAGAGAACAGCUGCCAAGCAGCAUCCGCCCGAAAGAGGAGCCUCGCCAGCCUCCCGCGCUACCUGGCCGGGCCUGGCACCCCCAGCGCGGCGCAGCAGCUCACGCAGGAAACCCAGCGUGAGCCCGGGAGGCGCAGGCCCUCCUCCGCCCCCGUCAAGUCACACUCCUUUUCUGCCCCCGACUGGCCUCGCCCCCGCCACGCUACCUGGGGACCGAAAAAGAACAAAACUCGACCCCCCUGGUAUUUCGUCCUCUCCUUCCAGCCUCUCCGAGCCCCCACCAUCUGCUAAAAGAGAAGAUGCUCCCUAUACACACUCUCACCGCCCCAUCCCCAGCUCCUGCGGCCGAGGCCACCCCGCGGUGCCGUUGAGCCCGGGGCGGGAUGCUGCUGAGAAGCGCAAGCGGGACACACCAGGCGGGAACCUGCCGGGGAGACUCGUGGGGCAAGGAUUGGGGGGCGCACCGCGCCGGCAGAGCCUCGGUGCAGAAGCUCGGAGCUCUGGCGUCGCCUGGCCGGAAGCACGCGGGCGCGCGGAGCGCUCUCCGCCCCGGACCCCUCUGGCCCCCAUCUCCGACGCGCCCGCGCGCGCCCCGAGGCUGCACCCGGCUGAGGUUGGCCAUUAUUUACACACACGCGUGCGGGGUUUUCCGGGCAGCUCGGGUGACGGAUGCGCGCUCGCUUUCCUCUCCGCCGGCGCCCAGUCCUCUGCUCCUCUCCUCCCGGGGUGUAACUUACUUUACCUGGUCUCCGGCACAGGGUGGGCGCUGCAGCGAUCCGUCCCCCGCCGGCCGCCGCCCGUUCGCCUCGCUGUCACCGGGUGA